AUGCCCGAAAUCUAUAACGAUCUCUGCCUUCCAUGGCGCUUCUUGCCUCAGUUGGAGCAGGAAGCUUCGCGGAUAGAGGAGGAGCAGCAGCAGCACGACAAGGAGGAGGCUGAGCUGGACAUAGAGGAGGAAGAGGACACCCCCGACUCCACCCUCCCGGACUCCCUCUCUCUGCUUCAUGAGGACAGAGCCAACACCGAAUCGUAUUCCCCUCAUUCUCUCCAAGAACAUGUCCUUCUCAAAUUCCUUUUCCUCCGGGACCUUCUGCCGCCCGUGCAGUUGGAGCAGGAAGCGUCGCGGAUCAAGGAGCAGCAGCAGCACGACAAGGAGGAGGCUGAGCUAGACAUAGAGGAGGAGGACGGCCCUGAUGACGACGCCCUCCCGGACGCUUUAUCCGGUGCUGACGUGGCUGCUGACGUGGACAAGGCCGGGGAUGACCUGCUGGAUUCCAGUGCCAACGUGGCGGCAGCUCAGGCUGCGGCAGCAAAGGCUGCAGCGGAGAAGGAGUCCCGGGGGAGGAGGGAGAACCAGCAGCAGGGGGAGAGGCAGAGGGAGGUGCCUGCUGGUGCAGGGUUGACUGCUGAGGCGCCUGGGAGGGACCCGCUUGAGCAUGGCACGGAGAAGAGGCUCUAUAUUGUCAUGAUCAGCAUCCAUGGGUUGGUGCGUGGAGAGAACAUGGAGCUGGGCCGAGACUCGGACACGGGCGGCCAGGUGAAAUACGUGGUGGAGAUCGCGAGAGCCCUGGCGUCCAUGCCUCAAGUGUACCGUGUGGAUCUGCUCACACGCCAGAUCGUUGCUCCUGGGGUCGAUUGGUCGUACGGAGAACCCUCAGAGAUGCUGAGCUCUCUCCGCUAUGACCCGGACGGGCUGAUAGCGGGGGAGAGCGUGGGCGCGUACAUUAUCCGCCUGCCGUGCGGGCCACGAGACCAGUACCUGCGCAAGGAGGCGCUGUGGCCGUACGUGGACGAGUUUGUGGACGGGGCUCUCACGCACAUCAUGCACAUGUCCAGGGAGCUGGCGGAUCAGAUCGGGGAUGGACAGCGCGUGUGGCCGUAUAUGAUCCACGGGCACUAUGCCGAUGCUGGGGACAUAGCAGCACUGCUCUCAGGUGCACUGAACGUGCCCAUGGUGUUAACAGGCCACUCUCUGGGCCGAAACAAGCUGGAGCAGCUGCUGAAGCAGGGCCGCAUGAGCCGCGCCGAGAUCAACACGCAGUACGCCAUCGACCGGCGCAUCGAAGCGGAGGAAUUUUCUCUCGACGCAGCAGAGCUGGUGGUGACGAGCACGCGGCAGGAGGUGGAGGAGCAGUGGGGGCUGUACGAUGGCUUUGAUGUGCGCCUGGAGAGGGUGCUGCGCGCCCGGCAGCUCCGAGGGGUCAGCUGCCACGGCCGCUUCAUGCCGCGCAUGGCGGUCAUCCCCCCAGGAAUGGAUUUCUCCAAUGUGGUCGUCCCAGACAUCGACGGCUCUGAUUCGCCCGGGCCUGAGCCUCCCAUCUGGGCCGAGGUGCGCAAGUUCUGGUCCAACCCGCACAAGCCCAUCAUCCUCGCCCUGGCUCGUCCCGACCCCAAGAAGAAUCUCACCACGCUUGUGCGCGCCUUUGGGGAGAGCCAGGCUUUAAGGGACCUCGCCAACCUGUGCCUGGUGAUGGGCAAUCGAGACGACAUUGACGCCAUGAGUGCGGGCAACGCUGAGGUGCUGACGACAGUGCUGAAGCUGAUAGACAAGUACGACCUGUACGGGCAGGUGGCCUACCCCAAGCACCACAAGCAGGCUGAAGUGCCCGACAUAUACGCCCUCGCUGCCAAGUCCAAGGGCGUGUUUGUGAACCCAGCGCUAGUGGAGCCAUUCGGCCUCACGCUCAUCGAGAUGGUAUUCUCUCCCUGUCGGCCUUCCCGUUUCCAUGGGGCCAUCUCUGUUCCAUCCCCUUCUCUCUUUCAUCCUCCCACUCCCCUGCCGUCUCCCACUCGCCCUCCCCUCGCCAUUCCAACCCCUGCCUUCCAUCCCCUUCUUCUCAUCUCAUGCCUUUCUCCAUUCGCCAUAUUUGCCCUCUUCCACACAUCACAGGCAGCAGCGCACGGCCUCCCCAUGGUGGCUACAAAGAACGGAGGCCCAGUUGACAUCCAGAAGAUGCUGAGCAACGGGCCGGUGGUAUAUCCGCUCCGCGUGGUUUUUGAGGCGCCUCAAAAAUCACCUCACUGCAGUGCAGGCCUGCAUGAUCCCAGCUGUAGCAACGGGCCGGUGAUGCUGAGCUACGGGCUGGUGGUGGAUCCACACGAUGCCAACGCCCUGAUGCUGAGCAACGGGCUGGUGGUGGACCCUCACGAUGCCAGUGCACUUUCAUCCGCGUUGCUACAGCUGGUGGCGGACAGGGCGCUGUGGACAGAUUGCCGCAAGUCAGCUCUGGCCAACAUUCACAAGUACUCCUGGCCGCAGGCACGUCAGGUGAGUUACUCAGGCGUUGCUGCAGCUGGUGGUGGGCAGAGCCUUUGGACUGAUUGCCACAAGUCAGCACUGGCCAACAUUCAGAAGUACUCUUGGCCGCAGGUGGGUGGAAGUGGGUGUGUGGUGGUGUUUGCUGGUGGGUUGUGGAGGGCAGCAGCACUCUUCGACCAGGUCGCUGCCUCUGCUACCCGAGCAAUCCACAUCUCCUCUUCCCCUUCACCCCUUGCCCCUUAUUUCCAACAGCACUGCGCGUCACUCCUCACCCGAGUCGCCCAGUCGCGUCUGCGCCACCCAGUGUGGAGGGCAGCAGCACUCUUCGACCAGGUCGCUGCUGCCGCCUCUUCACACUGCGCCUCUCUGUUAACCCGAGUGGCCCAGUCGCGUCUGCGCCACCCAGUGUGGAGGGCAGCAGCACUCUUCGAUCAGGUCGCAGCCGCCACCUCCUCCACCCACCCCUCCACCGGCCUGCACUCCGAAUCCCUCCGGGACAUUCAAGACCUCUCCCUGCGCCUCUCCUUCGACGGCAAGUUCUGGGGCGGAGGGUCCUUCCAAGGAGGCUCUAUGGAUCUCUCUUUCAUGCUUGAUAACCUCGGGGUUAUCCGGCCCGACGGCCGGUCCGCUAGUGGUUACGCGGCUGAGCCUUCUCAUGCUGCUGCUGGUGGUGGUUUUGGUGGUUCUGGUGGUCUUGGUGGGGGGGAGGGGCUGGGAGAAGGAGCAGCGUUGGGGAUUCACAACAGGCUGGGGAAUUACUCGUUUACUGGGGGUAUGGGGUCAGAGAGUGUUGGGCGGUACCGAGAAGGGGUGGGCGGGUCGGGGCGGCUGCAGGGGAUGCAGGAGGAAGGGGAGGACGGAGGAGCAGGAGGAGCAGGAGCAGGGGAGAAAGGGUCAGCAGCAGGAGCAGCAGCAGCAGCGGCUUUCGAGGGACUCCGGCUGAGAAGGAGGCGGCGGCUGAUCGUGGUUGCUGUGGAUGAAUACGACCCUGUUGGGCGGCCGGGUUCGUCUGUUCUGGACUCUCUGUGCGCCGCCCUGGAGGUGGCAUACCGGCACAACACGGGAACGUUAAGGGAGCGCGUUGUAUGGGGUAUGGGGCCGGGCGGGGAGAUUGGUGUGGUGCUGGCGACGGCACUGACAGCCAGAGAGACGGUGGCAAUGCUGACAGCAGCAGGAGUGGGGCUGAGGCAGCUUGAUGCGUUGAUAGCAGGGGGAGGGAGCGAGGUGUACUACUCUGUACCGUGCUCCACCGCAUCGGAACUUGGAGCAGCAGCAGCUGGGGGAACUGGAGCGGGAGCAGGAGCGGGAGCGGCAGCAGGAAUGGCAGCAGGUCUGGUAUCAGCCAUGGCUCCUCUGGAGGAUCGGGAAGGCUGGCAGUUGCUUCCCGAUCCGGACUACUUCGCGCAUAUUGAAUACCGGUGGAGCGCUGACGGUGUGCGCCGGUCCAUGGGACGAAUCCUGGCGCACGCUAUAAAGGGUACAGCAUCGGGUGGGGCUGCCAGUGCUGCCACCACUCCUGUGGCAGGCUCUGGCGGUGUUUUCCCUCCUCCUGCCGCUGCUCUCUCUGCUGCUGCUGCUGCUGCUGCUGGGAAUGGUGCUGCAGCUGCUGCCGGUAACGGGGCUGCUACUAACGAGGAGGAGUAUGUCCGCUCAAUCUCCUUCUCAGACGGGCUGACAGCAAUCGCCUCUGAGCCUGCAGCUCCCUCCACCCACUCAGGCAUCCCUGGGAGCAAGAGCGUGACUGGCAGCAGGCUGGGGGGUGCAGGGGCGGGAUCGAGAGGGGUGAGGGGGGCGGUGGGGAGCGGGCUGCUGCUGCAGCAGCAGCAGCUGCUGGCGGUGCAGCGCGUGUGUGUGGAGGAUGAGAUGAGAACCACGUCCCGGCGGCUGGCUUACCGAGUGCUUGACAUCGCUCAGAUGCCCACAGCAGCUGACUUGCGGCGCCGCCUGCGCCUACGUGGCUUGAGGUGCCACGUGGGCUACUGCCGUGCCGCCACGUGUCUUCACAUCCUGCCGCUCCACGCCUCUCGCUCACAGGCCCUCAGGUACCUCUGUGUCCGCUGGGGAUUGGAGCCUGCUGACCUGGCAGUCGUCGUCGGCAGUCCAGCUGGCGCUGACGGGGAUUACGCGCAGCUGCUCUCCGGCAUGCACCACACCCUCAUUCUGGAGCCUCCCCCUGCUGACGUGGCACAGCACCAAGGAGCAGCAGCGGCAGCAGGGAUGGAUCCGUUUGCAGAGUACAGGAGGAAGCUGCUGCAUGAGUUUGUGCCGCGCAGUGACGUGCAUCUGCCCAACCUGGUGAACGUGGAGGAUUCGUCAGAGGACAAAGUCAGUGCUCUCGCUGGAGCCUUGGAGAAGAUAGGCUUUGCAUAA